GAUGACCUAAACGUACGCCUGCAUGAACACAAAAAUGAUAUAUCUGAAGUAACGUACAUCAACUGGUCUUGUACGUAGCAAAUUUGUUUGUGUUGUCAUGGGGUUAAUGGAUGCUUUUAAUUAUGUUCUACAAAAUCCAUUAAUAACAGGAACUGUAGGAUACGUGAAAGUUUUAGGAAGUGCAAUGAUACCGAAAGGGAAAGAAUUGCCACCUUUACCGCCUGUACCACAGCCGCCACCAAUAUGUACAUUUCCCAUUUGGAAACAUACAUAUUCAGGAAGUCCUUUUGUACGUUUGGCAGGAAUAUUUGGAGCAUCCGCUGUUGUUCUUGGUGCUUAUGGAGCACAUGCAUUAUAUCCUAUAGAAGGCCGGGAAGAAUUAAAGAAGAUCUAUGAAACAGCAAAUCGAUAUCACUUCCUUCAUUCUCUGGCACUUCUUGGAGUUCCGUUUUGUAGAUGGCCACGAACGAGUGGUUCUUUCCUAGUCCUUGGAAUGGUUCUGUUCUGUGGUACCUGCUACUACCAUGCUCUCACAGGGAAUAGUGAGUUGAGGUGGCUAACUCCUUGUGGUGGAACAUUUCUAAUUGUUGGUUGGCUUGCUAUGGUACUGUAAUUCGUAUUCUUAAAAAUUUAAACUAUAUUUUCAGUGUAAGUCACCAUUCAAAAUAUUUAAUGGAAAUUUUGUUUCUGGUUAUAAGAGUAUUGUUUGUACCAGUAUGCAUAUUACUUGUAACAUGGCUGUCCAACUGUAAAAACCAAGACUAUGUAUGUUAGAAUCUUACUGUUCAAAUUAGUGGAGAUGUUCAGAUGCAUAAUUUGUCUGUCUUGUGAAAAUAAAUUUAGAAAUUUUUAAAUUUCAUUCCAA